UUGUUGGUGUAGCCUCUAUUCACGCACCACAACGUAUUCAUUUAUUCACCACACAUUUGAAACUUGUAAAGAGUUUCCAUUUCGCAAACGGAGUCACCUACUUUUCCUUACUUCUGCAACUGCAAAACCAAUUGCGUUGUUUUUGAAUAAGGUGGUAUAGUGGGCAAAAGAGAAGUUCUGUGGUCCAUAAAAUGUGGCCUUUUUGCUAGCUUCGAUUCACCGUUUUGAGCAAUUCCUUCUAGUGUGCUUUAAAAGUAUGCUUCAUAAUGGAUUUAAUAGAAAUCGGCCGAUCACUGCUGAGAACGACGUUUUACAAGGCCGAAACAACCCAAUAAUGAAUGAGGACGACACCUGCAAGACAGGUUCAGCAACUUCCCUUGUUCCAGCCGAAAAUCGGUUGCAAUGGAGCAGUGAUGACGAACAGAGUUGCGAUUGCAACAGUUUUGAUAGAGAAGAAACCUUAAAAAACCAUCAACAUGAGUUUUCUGUUGACAAAAAAGCAAUUUCACGAUGUCAAGUGUCCUCGCCCUUUUCAAAAAAAGCGCCCCUUUUCUAUGAAGAUGAAUCAGAACAGCCUCACAGCAUCCCUGGAAGCAUACACAAGUUAAGCGACGAAAGCUUACAACGAUUGAUAGACAAACUUGGUACGAUUCAACUAGUACGACAACUCGGCAAGGAUGUUGCAGAGCGUGACGCUGUUAUAUCGGAUAUAAAGUAUUAUUAUGAAAGCCGUGAGGAGAUGUACCGAAACAUUCUUCGCGAACACGGACUGGAUCCAGUGCUUGCCAGUAUCAAGCAUGCACAAGCGAACGACACUCCUGGUGAAAUGAGAUCGAAACGUGUGGAGGUAUGGUCACCGUAUAUGCACUCGCUUCGGCACAGAUUACAUAGGGCCAUGUCCGACGAGCUGGUAACUGCAAGCAGCGACAGCGAUUCUCCAGCAACCCCAUUAGUUACGAGCCAACGCAAUGACCAAACGAUUGAUGAUCAUGAAUCCGAAGGGAAUAUCAAGACGAAGUCCGCUGCUCCUGCCACAGCAGUAGUUCCAGCUUCUGCUGCCGGGUUCAUUCGACAGCUAAACUCGUCAUCCCCCUGUAAUGAUACUGCUAUGUUUCCCUGUUCCGGCAAUGCUCAGAAAGAGUCUCAAAAAAAACCGACUUUCCUUUCACAGCUGAAGUUUGUCAAACAACAAACAAGCAAUGUUCGAACCUCUCCCGUCGCACCUUCUGCACUUCCGGCUCCCCAAUUUUGGAGUAAUGAGUUUCUGUCGAGUAGCACAUCUAAUGCGAAAACUCCCGAUGGAGAGGUUCCUGUAACUAAUACUUCCCUACUCGCUUCCAGCUGCCCGUCCCCAAGCCCUUCCCCGAAAUCAUCAUCCCGCCCGUUACAUGCAAGCAUUCACCGACGUGGUACGUCCGUUUACGCGCAUAACUUCCACAACUCUGCCGUCCCAAAUUUUCUUGCCGACUCGUCAAUUGUCGAAAUGGAUACUAUGGUUCCCAAAGAUUUCCAACCUCCGACGAUGCGGCUUGAGUGGGCAAAUUCGCCCUGCGAUAAGGGCCCUUUCUUGGAUGAAUAUGGCUUUUUGUUGGACAGGAACGAAGACAACUCGUCAUCGCAAAACGAGUCCCGCAACACUUCAAAGAGCCAUAAUAAACGAGAACCAAUUUCGUCACUUGAUAUUGACGACCAUGCUGCAACGACGUCACAGUCAGCGGGUUUAAGCAAUCUUGCCUCGUCCACUUUAAUUCGUGCACAACGGGAAUUCGAUCGAAAUUUGCUCCUCCAGGAAUCUUUGUGUUCAAAGUGGAACGAAUUUUUCUGCAAGCUUUACAGCAAAUUGAAUCUUACAUACGAGAAGAGUAACGGUCUCUUGGGUAUUUCGCAUAUCGCGAGUCAUGGAAAGAAUGGCGGACGUCGAUGGAAGGUGUUUCGCAAAUUGGUUUUGCAUGGCGUGCCCAUGCCAUUCCGUUCCAAGGUCUGGAUGGAGUGUUCUGGUGCAAAUCAGUUAUACGUUCCCGGUUACUACCAAGAGCUGCUGCAAAGAAGCAUGAAAGAGGGUGCGAACGAGUCAGUCGAUCAAAUUAAUAUGGACAUUCGACGAACGAUGGCCGGUAAUGUCUUUUUUGGAGGUAAUGGCCCUGGCGUGCCAAAGCUACGCAGUGUAUUAUUAGCGUACAGUGUGCACAAUCAACAAGUCGGCUACUGUCAGGGCAUGAAUGUAAUUACUGGUUUUCUUCUUUUGUUAUAUGCUUCGGAAGAGGAUGCUUUCUACGUGCUGAUGAGUAUCGUCGAACGCAUGCUGCCGCCAGACUAUUUCUCGUCAAACCUAUUGGGUUCACGAGCCGAUCAGCUUAUACUGAAGGAACUUGUGAAAGAGCUACUGCCCAAACUGCAUCAGCAUUUAGAACAGCUGUCCGUGGACUUGGAGGCCAAUACAAUCAAGUGGUUCCUCAGUUUGUAUACCGAUACGUUGCCUGCUCGGCUCGCUUUCCGUGUACUUGACGUCUUCUUUUGUGACGGCAGUGUAACUUUGUUUCGUGUUGCUUUGCAUAUAUUAAAGACACUACAGCAGCAGUUGUUGCAGUGCACCUCAUCCUCCUCCGUUUAUGUGUUGUUAGGAAACCUGAUGCAGUACCCCUUUAACAAUGAGUCUUUUGUUGAGCAAAGUUCCAUUAUCUGGGCCUCGGGCAUACAAUCAAACGACAUAGCCCGUCGUAGAGCAGCCGCCGUGCAGUCUCUAAUGUGCGAUACUCGCGACAUUGAUGAUUAAAACAAAAAACCUUUAGAAAUAUUUUUACGAAGCGAUAUUCGGACACCGAGGAAAACAGUGCUGCGCGAACUGUACACACAACAUUCGAAUCCCAAUAGUUUCCUGCUGCUCUUACAAUUGCAUUUUAUCUAAUUUGUGUUGCUGUGAUUGUCGCAUCCACCGGCCCCCACACUACCACCAUAGCCGUCUGAGCGGAUUUCCUGGUGGUGAGCUUUUAAGCCUAUGUCGGGGUAUCCGCGUGCACCGGGGUCUUAACAUCAAACCGGCAGCACCCACCACGUUUCACCUCUCCAGACUACGUUCAAACUAUUUGCUUUGUUUGAGUCUUUAGCAACUGCUUUUUUGUUUUUUUAUUUCUUUUGC